AUGCGUGCCACAUGGGGUUUGCUGACAGUCUUGAGUCUGGUGUGCCACACUGAGCCGAGGUGCUCGCCGACCUCCUACUACAAGAACUGCUGGAUCCGCCGCUUCCCGGGUCUGUUCAUUGACAUCGAGGAGUCGCAGCGGAGAGGAGCGCAGCUCCUGAAGCAGUACCAGGAGGAGACCGCGCUCACGUGCAGCCGCACCUGCUGCCUCACGAGGAACUUUUCCUGUAAUCUGGCCAUAUUUCACUACGACAGCAACCAGGACAACGUGAACUGCUUCCACCUGCACUGUCCCAGCCUGGAGAGCUGCAUCCUCAGCCACAGAGGCAACGUUGUUCUCUACAAUGUCACUAAAGGUGUGGACCCUGACCUGUUGGUGUUUGGAAAGUACUUCACCUCUAAUGUCCGCGUGCUGCCGCACCACUACGGCCGAGUCAACGCCUCGGAGCCGCUGCCCUCGGACAAGCGCCAGUUCGUUCACCCGCCUCCGCCUGCCGUCCUGCCUCUGACCGCUGCACCUUCAGGUAAACCCUCCUCCGCAGACAGCGGCGUGCACGACGGCACUCCGGCACAGCCGCACAGCUCCGGCCAGUCUGGAACCACCUCCGCAGCCACCGCUGGCCUGUCUCCCACCGAGACACCUGCACCGGCGUCGGGUGCUGCGACCACCUUCACCACUCCGCCCUCAUCCAGUGCGGUCACCUCGGGCGGCCUGCACGAUGCCGGGACUCCUCCUGCCUUCUCUACCACGACUGAUCAACCUUCCUCUUCCUCUUCAAACCACCACAUCAUCACACACUCCCAGUUCGCCAAAACCCCCCAAAGAUUGACAGCUUCUACAGAGAGCACCAAGCAGAACCCCAAAAACACAACGGGGAGCAAUCAGACCGCGGCCAACGGUGGAGUCGACGGAGAGGCGGGAUCUGACUGGCACGUGGCGGCCAACACCGCGCUGGUGGCAGUAGCCAUCUUCGUCACGGUGCUGCUGAGCUGCGUUUGCUCGGUCCUGCUGCUGGUGAGCUGGAGGGGCCAGAGAAAGAGGAUGGGACGCUACCGGACAACGUGGAGGGGGAAGAAAGGCUCCAUGCGCCUCAUUAAAUACGUGCUGGUCAAAGAGAGCGCCUGA